UUGAUGACUCCCCUGCCGCCUAAAGUCUCCACCAGUAGAAGAAGAUGAAGAGUCUUGCAAGCUGCAACAAGGAAAGAAGAAAGUCUCGCCCACAAUAUUUGACUAAGUUUAGUGAAGUUUUAGCCGUCCCCUUUCCGAGCUUCAAAGAGGAGCAAGACAAAAUCUGAGCUUCCAGUCCACCGCCUCUCUUUCUCUUCGGCCCCGGGCAAUUAGUUAAAAGGAAGGAAGGAAAGAAGCAGUUGCAGUGCCCAAACCAAUUUUUUUUAAAAAAAAACAAUCUGAAAUGAUCUAUUUGCAGUGGAAGAAGCCAGGUUGGGUUUUGUUUUGCUUUUUUCUAUAUCUGGGUCUGUUAACUGUUAAGGAAAUAGAAGGGAGAGGGAGAUUCUCUUCUCUGAAAUGUAAAUACACCACUACAUAGAUGGAUAGAUGGAACAAAAGAAAAAGAAGCAGAAGAAAGAGAAGUGAGAGAGCACUUGUUGUUUAGUUGGUUUAAAUGCAGUCUGCAGUGGACUGGAUUUCCUGCAUCAUCCAUUCUUCAUUCUUCAUUCUUCAUUCCUGCGGCUGCUUCCUUCAUCAUUUCUACUUCCUGCUCUCCUCUUAUUGCAUUCUAUCACCAAAACAACAAUUAAGCAACAGGAGGCACUUUUAUCACCUCGAUUUCCCAGCUCCAUUUUUCUACUUCCGACUUUCUUUCCGGGAAUCGGGAUUUGCUCUGCUCACUUCUAUUGAUGCAUAUUUUUCCUUUUUUUAAAAAAAAAAAAAAAUUAAACCAAUUUCUUUUAUUAAGGUGGUUCAGCUUUGCACCGUCUAUCUUUCUCAAUUUUUCCGGAUAGAUCCGAUCCGGAUUCGAGAUCCGUCGAAUUUGGUUCCGGAACCUAGAGUUGGAGACCCGCUUAAAAUCCGAAUCCGAUAAAAGCACGACAGGUCCGGAUCCGAAAUAAUGAAUUUCGGCCGAAUCCAACAAACCCGUUGACAGACCUAUACAUACAUAUAUAUAUAGUCACAUUAGUGAUGUGGUAUAAAUUUAUUUUAUCCUGAUCCUAAAGGGUACAAACGCAUAUGUAAAUCCAAAUUAUCACUCCUCAGAUGAUUGGGUAAUCCCUAAACUUUUGGAUAAUUAAACCUGAAAGAUACUUUUUAGAUAAUUAGGUAAUUCAUGAGUGUCUGCUUGAUAUCCCUAAACUUUUGGGAUAAAUGAAAGAGAAUAACAUCAAGUGAUUAAGAACGUGGUCUAAAUAGAAGAGAACUUUGCUCUUUUUCCAUUUUCAUAACACAUUAUUAUUUGCUUGGAAGCUAGGGAUCAUGCAAUUCUCAUUCCGCAUUCUUCAUAUCAUUAGAAGAGAACUUUUUCCCUUCUAUCCCAACUGAUCUCUUUGGAUGUUCUUUGCCCUUUUGACUUAGACAUGUUUCUAAUUUAACAGAAUAUUUCAUAUUUAAUCUAGAGAUUCUUGUUAGGCAUGAUGUAGUGAACCUUGCUGCAUGAAAUGAACUGGUUUAGAAACAAGAAACUGUAGAAUUAGACAUAAAAUUAAUUUUGUAGACAACUUUUUCUGAUAUGUAGAAAUACAGUGAGAUAAGAGGAAAAACAUUUGAAAAAAAAAAAAAAAAGUAGUGGGAAGAAGGAAGAUUAAAAAAGUAGUGGCUUAUUUUAUUUGUGGACUUAUCUUGUGUUAUUUGUAUACUUACCUUGCACAGAAAAGGGAAAAAAAUUCUAUACGAAAACAAAGCCUACAAAAAAAAAAAAAAUCUUUCAUUUCCAAAUCAAACCUUAGAUUAUGAGCUUUAAAAUGUAGAAUUUGUCAAGAAGAAGGCUUAAAAAAUGAAGGAGGUCAAUGCUAAGUUUCAGCUAAUACUUCAAAAAAAAAAAAAAUCAAAACCAUAUUACCUUGGUUAAAUUAGUUAGCUCAUUUAUAUUAGGAAUAAAAUCUUUUUUUUUUGGUUUGAUAGUAUUAGGAAGGAAAUCUUAAAGAAUAAUUCUUUAAAUCUAUUAUUGCAUGAUUAAUCCCUUUCCAUACCACUAUUGGAACAUGAUUAGAGAUUUCCUUUUUAAUACCCAUUUUAAAUCCUUACAACGUAAGAGAUCCAACUCAACCAGGGAUAUGAUGAGUUGAUGACAGUUGUUUUUUUUCAUAUUUUCUUUUAUCAUUUUUUUUCAGCAGGAGAGAAGUGAGCUUUAAAAAGUAGGAAGGAAGUAGGAAGGGAGAAGAGGGAUUCGAAUCCAAAACCUCUCGACAAAUCACAAAAAUCUAAAAUUCGAACCAUGGUUUUUGGGAAGAUCCGGAUAUGGAUCUAGUUGUCUUGGAUGAUGAUAGAUUGGUUGCUAGACAAUUUUGUACACUACGAUACGACAGGUGUUGUUGUAUCACAGGUGCUGAGCCAGAGAACCACAUCUAAUCGAGGGUAGAAAAAGAAUCAGCUUAAACUUGCAGUUAAUGUUACGCGUUUGGAGUCCCAGCCUUGAUCAACCGCUAUCUUUCUGCGGCUUCUCUCCGCGGGCGUCGCUGUGACACCAAUUUUAUAUCUACAUUAACGCUCCUACAAAUUAUUUCAUUUUGAAAGAACAUCAAGAAACAAGCAGUGCAAUACCAAAUCCCGAUCCCCUUUUUGUUAGGUAAAUACUACCAGCCCUUUUGUUUUUGGGUUUACCGCCCCCUUGAAUAUCUCAGGGGCCGGUUUGGCUUACAAUUUUCAAUUUUCAAUUUUCUUCUUCAUUGGUGUCAACAAUGGAGAAGGAUAACAAGAAGUACAUCACGGAUGAAGAGCUGAAGAAGCAUAACAGGUAUGAUGAUUUGUGGAUUUCUAUCCAUGGGAAAGUCUACGAUGUCACAGAUUGGGUAAAAGAACAUCCCGGCGGAGAUGUUCCCAUCCUGGAUUUAGCCGGCCAAGACGCAACCGAUGCGUUCAUUGCUUUCCAUCCCGGCAGCGCAUGGAAGUAUCUUGACAGAUUUUUUACAGGUUAUUAUCUGAAAGAUUUCCAGGUUUCAGAGGUUUCCAAAGAUUACCGGAGAAUUGCUACAGAAUUUACGAAAGCUGGUAUGUUCGAGAAAAAAGGCCACGGGGUGGUUUGCUCCCUUGGCCUGGUUACAUUGUUGUUUUCAAUUUCCGUUUAUGGUGUGUUAUGUAGCAACAGUUUCUGGAUGCAUAUGUUUUGUGGUGCCCUGUUGGGGUUCUCGUGGGUGCAAGUGACUUUCUUGGGUCAUGAUUCUGGACAUUAUCAGAUCAUGAGUACCAGAGGAUUCAAUAAGUUAGCCCAAAUCCUCACCGGUAACUGCCUCACUGGAAUCAGCAUUGCCUGGUGGAAAUGGACGCAUAACGCCCACCAUGUCGCAUGCAACAGCCUUGAUCAUGACCCCGAUCUUCAGCAUUUGCCUGUUUUUGCAGUCUCCGCAAACCUUUUUAAAUCGCUUACUUCCAAAUUUUAUGGAAGAAAGCUGACAUUUGAUUCAAUGGCGAGAUUUCUUGUGAGUUAUCAGCAUUUCACGUUUUACCCAGUAAUGGUAGUUGCAAGAAUAAAUCUUUAUCUGCAGACGCUCUUGCUGUUGUUCUCGAAAAGAAAAGUGCCAGACAGGGCACUGAACAUUUUGGGCAUCUGUGUUUUCUGGACAUGGUUCCCUCUGCUGAUCUCAUGCCUUCCCAAUUGGCAAGAAAGGAUAUUGUUUGUUCUGGCAAGCUUUUUCGUGUCCGCUUUCCAGCAUAUUCAGUUCUGUUUGAACCAUUUCGCUGCAAAUACCUACGUUGGAGCACCUCAAGGGAAUGAUUGGUUUCAGAAACAGACCAGUGGCACCAUUGACAUCUCUUGCCCUUCUUGGAUGGACUGGGUCUAUGGGGGAUUGCAAUUCCAGCUUGAGCAUCAUUUGUUCCCCAGGUUGCCCAGGUGCCAUCUCAGGAGAAUUUCGCCCCUGGUCCAGGACCUCUGCAAGAAGCAUAAUUUGCCUUACAGAAGUUGUGGCUUCUAUCAGGCCAAUUUGACAACAAUCAGGACUCUUAGGGCUGCAGCAUUGCAGGCUCGUGAUCUCACCAACCCUGUUCCGCAGAAUUUGCUCUGGGAAGCUUUCAACACUCAUGGCUGAGGAUUUCACGGAUGCAUCAAAUCUGUCCUUUCUUUUUUCGUUGUUUAGUUCGUAAUCCAAGUAGGUCAGUUAUUUGUCUUCUUAGCAUUGUUUGGAUUUGAUUUCUUUUUGCAAAAAAAUUAUCUGAUUGUAUCGUUAAUGCAUCUUCAAAUUACCUUUUUAUCUUUUCAA